GGUCAAGGGAAAAAGAGGGAAUGGAGAGGGAAAACAGGGUGAUGUGUGUGCUGUGAAUUCAAAGCUGGGUGGGUCUACCGUACUCCACAUUCCCAAAUAACUCCGUGCGUUAAAGCGCUUUCAGUUUUAGAAGGCCACAAUGUUGGUGCUGGCUGGAAUCGUUGUUCUGCACAUUACCACCGUCAUCCUGCUGCUGGUGGCCACCAUUGAUAAUGCCUGGUGGGUCACUGAAAAAGUGUCAACUGACUUGUGGGGCAGGUGGGAGAUGACAAACUCAGCCUGGCAUUACACCAACCUGAAAGACUAUCCAGAAGAAUAUCUACAGGCGGUUCAGGCCACCUCAGUGUUGGCCUGUAUUUUCGCCAUCCUGGCCUUGUUCGUGUUUGUGGCGCAGCUGUUCACCCUUCCCAAAGGCCAGAGGUUCACUUUCACAGGAGUUUUACAGCUAAUCUCUUGCCUGUGCAUAAUGAUAGCAGCCUCAAUCUACACUGCUGAGCUUCACACCAAGGAAAAAGAGGGAGGGUACGGACACUCCUACGUCCUGGCCUGGAUCUCUUUUGUCUUCACCUUCCUUUUAGCGAUCACCUACUUCGUUUUGCGGAAGAAGAGCGAGUAAGAGGACGAGAGGAAUGAGGACAGGGCUGGGAUCAGAUUUCUUUGAGUUUGGGGAAAUUCAAGAAUGGGAUUUUUUUUAUUUGCAAAAAAAACCUUUAAAGUUUGUUGAUUAUUAUCUGCAGCUAGACUAAUAGAAAUAAUGCUUAUUUGGUAA